GGUGAUUUAAGCAAUAACCUUGAGAGGUCACAGUUGGUAGUCCUCCCUGUCAGUGCCAGACACCACUAAUCUUAAUGAUAACCUUGAAGAAGUGCGAUGAUAACUUGUUAAGCUAGCAUUUCAUUUGCAUUACAUAAUAUAUCUUAACACCAUAUGCACUUAUAGUCGUUUAUGCCACUAUAAAAUUACGCAUAAAUAAUUUGCUUUAAUUCGUAAAGUCUUACUCUCCCAAAAAUUCAAAAUGUUCCCGUGUGCAUCUCAUGCUAGUGAUGAACCUAAACUGAAUAGUGGGUCUUCUGAUGAUAAGACAUCUUGGCUUCAAAGUUCAACAUACUCAGAACAGAAACUCACUGUCCAUGUUAAUGAAGCAGAAAAUACUCCCAAGGAAAAAGGAUCGAAGGCAGCUAAACGCCCAUAUUCUUCUAAAGACUAUAAAUUGGAAAAGAAACCAAAGGUUACAUCAGCCACUGUAUUUUUGGAAGAUGUCCCUGGAUUAGAUAUUAAUAAUGCUUAUAGAAUUGAUAGAUCUUGUAACAAAGAAAUUUAUAAACAUGGAUGUAUUUAUGAAAAACAUGUGUCACAAUUUAAACAGAAGAAUAAAACAAAAAUACUGGGGUUUAAAGAUUUAUAUUUAUAUGAUCUCCUUGGCUGUGAAAUAAAACGUAAACGCGGACUCAUAAAAAAGUCACGGUAUUUUAGUAAGUCAAGCAGAGCUAUCAUUCGGGCUCCUAGCACUGUCAUUAAACCAUCUGAUGCAGGUGGCAUGUCGACAGAUUUAAUUCCUUUCCCUGAAGAACUUAAUACUUCUUGCGUAUCAGCAAUGGAAACGCGAAAUGAUGAUAUUCUAAAUCUUUGUGAAGAACUUAACCGUCGGGUUUACGAUCGACCGGGUGACUUAAUUUCAUGGUUGAAUCUAAUUGAUAUGCAAGACAAAGGAGCUUCAUUUCUACAUAUUACAAACAUUGGUUGUGAACAGAAGCAGUCUUGUUUCGAUUUUAAACUCUCUAAAAGUGACAGACUUAUUAUAUUGAAGAAGCAGUUAUCAAUGGCUGACCGAGCUCUUACUGCUAAUCCUGGCAACCUAACAUUGAAGUUAUUCAUAAUUAAAACGAACGAACUGGUGGCCGAACUUGAAGCUCACGGCGCAUUGGAAUCUGGAUCCAAUAAAGAAGUUUGUCAAGCAGAUCAAAUUAAUCGGGAUUGGGCUCAGCUCGUAUUCACUUAUCCUCAGCUGGUACCCAUGUGGCGUGGGUAUACGGCGCAUCUUAUGGGUCGACAUUCAUCAUUGACUGUAAAUCAGGGAGUUGGAAAUGGAACAUUUUCACGCAUUGAUGGUGUUUAUAAGAGGGGCCUGUCAACACUAUCAGGUAUAAUAUCUGGAAGAAUAUUAUCACAUAAACCACAGCCAGAUACUGUGGAAAGAACAAUCGAUUACUUGGCUGAUUAUUGUCACUGGUUAGCUCAAGCAGGGCAUUCAGAACGAGCUUUAGCAGUAUGGCAAGCUGUUAUUGAAUUCAACUGUUUUCGACCUUCAGAAAUUGAACAAAGUUCAUUCGAUCAACGAAUUCUAGAAAUGGAAUUAUUCUGGUCAAGUGGUGUGCCUAGAUUUGGUCAACCGGGUUCACAACAUUGGAAUGGAUGGUUUAAAGCUCGAAACAAACGACUGGACAAAUCACGACUAAAGGAAUCAAAAUUAUCUAAAAGUCAUAAGAGAAGUCAUACUAUUUCACCAAUCAUCUCAGAAAUAACUCCAGACAUGUCAGUUGAAGAACUAAACUCAAAGUGGACUAGUGUAGCUGGAAAAUUAACCGCCAUUGCCAGCACUUGUGAAGACGCAUUAAUUAAUUGUUCCGGUGAAAGUGUUCCUGAUGAAUCUUACGAAAAUACCGGUCCAGAUGUUGUUCCAUCCAUUCUAUCGUCAGAAGUUGCAACUGAUCAGUGGGUUCGUCGUGGGAGUAUCCCUUCACUUGCUGGUCAUGGUUCAAUCGGAAAGAGUCGAGUCAUCUUAUAUCGUCGUGGAAAAGCUUGGGUUGGUUUAGAACGUGCUCGUGAAGCAGUUGGUUGGCUACCUUCAGACGUAUUAAACACGCAAGAUCAAAAAGACAUAGAAGAUGAAGAUCCCGAGAGAUUAGUUCUAUUUGAUGAUAUCAAACCAUGCCUAAUAGAUUUAUGGAAAUUUGAGGAAAAAUCUACAGCUGAUACUUCCCAAAGUCGAGCUCGUAGAGCAUUAUUUCAGCAGCGCCUGUUCUUAUUGUGCUUAGAGUUUCUUGGAGCAUACGAUCAUGAUAUAGCUAAAUCUCAUCAUUUUCCUAUAGAUAUUCGUCUUGUACAUGAUUUAGCAUCUGUUGGUAGCAUUCAGCGUCAAGGUUUAACACCAUUUCCAUCACAAUCAUGGAUGUCCAGUAAUUUAGAAACUACAUAUAAUCAGACUAAUAAUGACAAUAAUAAUAAUAAUAAUAAUCAAGAACAAUUGAAUACACCAUCUCAGUUAGCUAAUGAACAUCAAGAUGUUUGGGCACAAGCUCAUCGUUGUUUUAUUGAUGCUGCACUUACUCAAAUGAAUGAAAUCCCAUCAUGGUGGCCUACUGAACUUAAAGAAAGUUGGUGUACAACACUAAGUAAACUACGUUUUACAGUGGCGUCUGAGCGUCUUUCCAAUGCGAUUCAAACACAUCUAGUUAAUGUCAAGACUGCUAUAUCUAUUUGGCGCAGUUGUGGUAGAGCAAUCAUAUCCGAGGGCAAAAAUCAAAAAGAUUUAAACUUGUGGAGAGCUUAUGCAAAAGGGUUUUGGCAAAUAAGUCAAGAUUUACUCGUGACCGCCACCUUUCAAGAUGCGGAAAUUCCAAUUCAAGAGUCAAGACGUAUAUUCGACUCCGCUUUAAGCAUGUAUCCAAUACCGGAAGAUUUUGGGCCAUCAGUUGAUGAUAUGGAUAAGUUGAUUGAAUUUUAUCAAAUUGUAUAUACUCCGAGACUGAAACUUUUGCAAGAUUAUAUUGAUUUAGAAAUGGAUGUGUGCCCUGGAUCAGGUAGCUGCCAAAAAGGAUUCAAAGAAGAAAGUCGUGUAUUAUAUUUACUUACAUACCUUGCUCUCGGUGGUGUUUAUCAUUCGUAUGAACAAUCUGCUAGUGAAAUAUUACCAUCAGUUAUUGUGAAAACUAAUUUUCGUUUUGGUAAACGUAUUGAAGCUCUAUGGACAACAUUAGUUGGAUUGCCAGAAGAUCUAACGACUCAAAUGAAUAAUUAUCAAGUGUUUUUAGAUGGUCUACUUGGUACUGUCCCUAUCCUAUGUUAUUUAAAUUUAAUGUUUGAUCUUUUAACAACAGAUGAAAAGGCCUUAGACUCAUCACUUGCUAGUCUGCUGCCUAUUCUUGGACGAAUUGAUCGAUUAUGUAGUAAAUUCAUGUCAGUUAAUGUAGAUGAAUCUUAUCCUCUUAGUUCAAAAUCAAACAGUCGUUGUUCCGAAAGCACAAAUUCAUCUAACGAUGAUAAUGAUCUAGUUCCAACACCAUUACAAAAUCGAGUUUGUACCAAUAAAUUUAUUAAUUUGACAACUGGUGGUUUAUCUGCAUUUUGUGCUCUACGUCAACGUAAUCGACGUCCAAUUUUAAAAUAUUUCUUUCAAUUAAUAGUAAAACACAAUAAAUGUCAUUCAAAUGAUUUACUUAUGGAUUUAAUGUUUCCGUCACAGUUAAGUUAUCUUCUUCCAUCCAGAAUCUCUUUGGAUCAAAGAAAAUUACCCUUAUCUCUAAUGAAUGCGUCUUCAUGUCAUGGUUUAUUACCACCAUUAUUCUUAGCUUCUUUAAUUCAUCAAUUAAAUCAUUUGAGACAAAAUGUAGCAAAGUUAGCUGCUCAAUCUAUCGUGCAACAAACAUUGAAUAGUAUAUCACGUUCAAAUAUUCGACAAAGUCAACAACAAAAUACUAAUUUUUUUGAAGGAUUAAUUGGUGCAGAAGUUAAUGGCUUUAUCGGUCAUCAAUUAGAAUUAUGUUCUGCAUGUUUACCAAGUGUUUUAGAUCUGUUCAUAUUAAGUUUAGAAUUAGAACGAUGGACAAGCUUGAUUGCUGGUGUUACUUGUGAUUUCGGUCAAGGAAGGAAUUCUGUAAGUGAUCAACGUGUACGUAAUGCAUUUGAGAGAGCUGUACAAAUUAGUCCAUUUCUUACAUCAUUUGUAUCUCCUGAGGGGAAUUUGAUUCAUGUAGCGUUAGGCGCUAGUACGUCAUCAUUCUGGUCGGCGCAUUUACGUUUAGUUAUAUGGAGAGCUUAUAUGGCAUUUGGUUGGAUGGCUGGUCCGCCUCACACCUCUAAUACAUCUACUACAAUUAUUACAAAUAAUUUAGAUCCUCGUCAACGUCGUCAAGCUGUAAAAGCAGUUUUUUAUCGAGCUGUUGAAGAUGUCCCAUGGGCUAAAGUUCUGUAUACAGAUCUAGUUCGUUAUUGUCCAGAAGAUGUUGAAGAAGUUGUGGACUUAUUAUCAGAACGUGAAUUAAGAUUGAGAACACCGCUAGAAGAAGUUGAUCUGUUGUUAACUGCCAGACCUCAUGAAUAAAUUAAUCUUUUGUAUAUUAUAAUUAUUUCAAAUAAAAAAAUCAGAUGUUUUUAUAGUUUCUGUUUCUA